AUGCCUGAACCAAUUGGUAUGGGUAUAGAAAUACCAGAUAUCGAAAUGGGAAAUAUCUCUCCUAUGUAUACAAGCAUUCUUCAUGUCAAAACGUCGGCUCGGCUGAAUAAAAUCGUCAGGUCUCCCUUUAAUUCGGUCCGCGGAUCCACAACGCCCAAACCAACGGACAGUAUUCGCGCCGACAAGUCAUCAUUGGAACAUCGUAAGGAGGACGAAAACCCACCCGCAAGUGGCGUGACUACGUAUUCAGACGUUGACAAAGGCGACAAUCAACAACUACAAAAUACCGUUGAAGGGAAGCAGCCUCGAACAAAGCCGCUUCCUAUUCCUAUAACUUCUUCAGCACCUACAAUUGACAUACCUUUACAUGCUUCUUCCUCAUCUACUCUUCCUACACCUACGUUUCCUGGUCCCAGAUCCAACUAUUCCGACGAAAAAGUUAAUAUUGACAGCAUUACACCCAACUCGCCCUCUGCAACUCCUCAAAAAGACACUGCAGACAAUUCUUCGAACGACGACACGAGUAUUCCAAAGGACUUAUCCUCGCCUUUAGAAGAAUUGACGCGACGCCAUACCGAACCACCGAGUAUCACUCUCGGGCCAUCUACAGAAUUUCAGCCAGCCAGUCUUACCCCCAGCGAAAUAAAACAGAUAAAUGAACUCAAUGGCCUCCUACACGGUAGAGCAGUAGGAAACACCUUAAAUAACAUAUCCCAUCCAGCAAGCGUCACCUUCGGAUGCAUCGAACCCGGAAAACAAGCCGGAGAAAUUGUUAUCUUACGCUGCAGACUAACAUCGGACCAGAAGCACUUGCUCUCACUCUGGCAGGCACGGGAUCGCCUUGAGGGGUAUCCCAACUCAUUCCAGGCUAAUUUCCGGCCCGCGAACGAGGCCAACCCACUAAAUUCAUCGAUUUUAUUGGGAUUACCUGUAUCAUGGCCAACAAAUGCAAGACUUUCUGCGGAUAUUGGAACAUCCAGGAUAUUCCUCGCACCUCCUCUCCAGCCAUCCGCAGAAAAUCUUGUCGAUAUCUCGCCAUUUGUGAACACAAAUCCCGUUGAGGUCCGACUUGAUCAUGCAGCUGAUAUGAAGGAAUAUGUUUUCGCCUUGAUCUCACACCCUCCAACGCCGUCGCAGCUGUGGGAAUUGGAAGAACAGCGGACUCAGACGAGAAGUUUCCAUGCAGUUAUUGACGGGUUACGAAUAACAGCUGCAGAUGUAUUUGGCUGA